AUGUCUAACGUUUUCUUUGACAUUAUUGCCAACGGCCAACCCUUAGGACGUGUUGUCUUCAAGUUGUUCGACGACGUUGUCCCCAAGACCGCCGCCAACUUCCGUACCCUUUGCACUGGCGAAAAGGGCUUUGGCUACUCUGGAUCCACUUUCCACCGUGUUAUCCCCCAAUUCAUGCUUCAAGGUGGUGACUUCACUCGCGGUAACGGUACCGGUGGUAAGUCCAUCUACGGCGAAAAGUUCCCUGAUGAGAAUUUCUCUUUGAAGCACACCAAGCCCGGUUUGUUAUCCAUGGCUAACGCUGGUCCCAACACCAACGGAUCCCAAUUUUUCAUCACCACCGUCGUCACUCCCUGGUUGGACGGUAGACACGUCGUUUUCGGUGAAGUCACCAGCGGUAUGGAUGUCGUUAAGAAGGUUGAAAGCUUGGGCUCCAACUCUGGUGCUACCCGUGCUCGUAUUGUCAUUGACAAGUGCGGUACUGUCUAA